GAGGGUGCAUUUCUCCAGGGAGAGUAUGGAUUCCAUUCCUGACACACAGAAUUUUUAUGUGUAGGUAGCAUACAAAUGUGGAUUUCUCAUUCUGUUUUGGAUGCUCUUAAAUACAGUGAUAGGUUUCCACAUAAGUCGGACAACAAAAAAAUCUGUUUCUUCUUUGUCGAACUGUAGCAAGUGUCAGAUCCUCCAAGUCAUUCUUGUUGUGCUUUAUCUCUUAGUGCCUCGAAAGCCUUUCUGUCUCCAGCAGACAAACACACGAGAGCAGCCAAGCCAAGCUUCUGAGAGCAAGGUUUCGCCCCGGGAGAAAGCAAGGAUGGAAGCCCCCGCGCCGCUCAGCUCCUGCAAGGAGAAAGCAAGCAAAGUGUCUGCACUGAUCAAUCGCUUUGAGGAAACCAGUCUGGCAAACGUUGAUGAAGUGAAGAGGGACGCUCCAAGUGGGUCAAGUUCUUCUCGAAACUGUAUGAGGUCAUUGAAAGCUCACCCUCCCCAGUCAGAGCUCCUGUCAGAGCACCCGAUUCUCCAGCACACAGAAACUGCAGCCUCCAAGCAUGUCGCCCAAACCAGCGCAAACCCAAAACCGCACUCCACCAACGGGCUGAUCACACCGCUCUCAAUGGACCGCCAGCAAAAGAGCAACACAGAUGCCGGAGUCUCUGAAGUGGAUUCAUUCACAGAGAGCAGUAGGCCAAACGGGAAGGCUGAGCCCACUACCUCAGACCUGCCGCUGUCCAGAAAACUACAGAGUUUAAGCGAGGAUGAACCCGGCGAAGAUCAGAGCUCGAACAAGCACGGCUCAAAUUCUGCUGUCGAGCAGGUGGCAGAUGUAUCAAGCUUCCUGGAGAAAGCUCCAAAUGAAGGGGUUAAAGAUAAGGAAGAUGAACGAGAAAUGCCUGCAGAAAGGAAGGAGACGAAUGAGGACAAAUUGUACAAGAUUGCGAAUGAGCUUUUGCUAACUGAAAAGGCGUACGUUAGCAGACUUCACCUCUUGGACAAGGUUUUCUAUUUAAAACUGAUGGAGGAAGCUAACAGCAAGACCUCCUUCCCUGCUGAGGUGGUGAAUAAAAUCUUCUCCAACAUCAGCUCCAUCUACACCUUCCACAGCCAGUUUGUGCUGCCAGAGCUGGAAACACGCAUGAAUCUGUGGAAUACAACACCACAGAUUGGGGACAUCCUCCAGAAACUGGCCCCAUUUCUGAAGAUGUAUGGCGAGUACGUGAGGAACUUUGAAAAAGCCAUGGAGCUGGUGAAGACCUGGAUGGACAGGUCACUGCAGUUCAAAGCCAUUGUGGAGGACAUUCAGAAACAAGAGGCGUGUGGGAACCUUACACUGCAGCACCACAUGCUGGAGCCCAUCCAGAGAGUCCCUCGCUACGAGCUACUCCUCAAAGAUUACUUGAAGAAACUGCCACAGGACUCUUCAGACAGAAAGGACACAGAGAAGUCCCUUGAAAUAAUUUCCACAGCAGCCACCCACUCCAACGCUGCAAUCCGUAUAAUGGAGAAGAUGAAGAUAUUGAUUGACGUAUAUGAAAUGUUGGGAGGUGAAGAAGAAGACAUUGUGAAUCCCUCAAAUGAACUAAUAAAAGAGGGGCAAAUUCUCAAACUGGCUGCUCGCAACAGUUCAUCCCAGGAAAGAUACCUGUUCUUGUUGAACAACAUGUUGCUGUACUGCGUACCAAAGUUCUCUUUGGUGGGGACCCGAUAUACUGUCCGGACAAAGAUCGGCAUUGAGGGGAUGCAGGUCAAUGAGACUCACAACAAAGACUAUCCAAACACCUUCCAGGUCUCUGGAAAGGAACGAAUACUAGAGCUGCAGGCGAGUUCUGAGCAGGACAAAGAGGAGUGGAUAAAGGCUUUAAGGAACAUUAUAAAAGAUUUCAAUCUGAAGAAUGAGACUUUCGGAAUAGUGAAGGAAAAGGAGGAGCAGGUCUCGACGGCUGAACUAGGAAGGAGAGCGCCCAGAUGGAUUCGUGAUAACGAAGUUACUUUAUGCAUGAAAUGCAAAGAGCCUUUCAACGCAUUGACCAGGCGAAGACACCACUGCCGGGCAUGUGGAUAUGUUGUGUGCUGGAAGUGUUCUGAAUACAAAGCCACCCUUGCCUAUGACAGCAACAAACUCAGUAAAGUGUGUAAAGACUGUUAUGUAAUAAUAACAGGAAAAACUGACAGCGAGGAGAAGGAGGAAAAGAAACGGAAAGGAGUCAUGGAGACUGAGGCUGCUGAGGUGUCAGAAAACAGUGUCAUCUGUGACUUCCUGCACUACCUGGAGAAAGCCACCAAGCCCUGGCACAAAGUCUGGGGUGUACUUCCCAAGAAUGAUGCCAUGGUUCUGUACCUAUACGGAGCUCCCCAGGAUGUGAAGGCUCUGACCACAAUUCCACUUCUCGGGUACGCAAUCGAUGAGAACCCCCGGGGUGUGGAUGUACCUUACGCCUUCAAGCUGACACAGUCCCGGUUCAUAUACGUUUUCGCCACGGAUUCUGAAGAGCAGAAGCAGCGGUGGCUGCAUAUCAUCAACAUGGCUGUGAAGGGAGAAACAGCCACUGAGAUGGACCUUCUCGAUGAGGCUGCCAUCACCCGACAAGGGAGCAGCCAAUCUGAGACAGAAGAACCUGCCUACAGCUGACAAUAAAUAAGCUUCUCCUGACACUUCGAGAACCAUUUCUAAAGCAUGUUUAGCAUUUUCCAUGAAAUGUAUGAACUCAGAAACCCACUCCUCAGUACAAAGUAUCCAAUGAUCACUGUGUCUGUUGCUCUUCUGCAACCAAUUUCCUAUUGUUCAGAAUGGAAACCAUCAACCUCAGUUUGCAUAUAGACACCAAUCACCAUAAGAAACUCUCCAAAAUCCAGUACAAAAGAAAACAGGACAUGGAUAUUGCUUCUCAAUGACUGUAAAAUCCAGAUUAUUGCGAUUCCUGUUUGCAAUUGUCUGGCAGGGAUCUGAAUGAAGUCCAAAGUAAAGUUCUAUCUUUUAGCAGAGACACAAAUAUAUACAACACUCAUCAUUAAAGGUGCAGUGUUUAUUCACUGCCAUCUCUGGCUCAGCUACAGUCAAAGGAACCAUCAAUCUCUGUCCACUCAAGGCUCUUUGAUUAUCAGCAAAUACGUUAAUACAGCAGUCAGCAUGUAACUUAGCUUAAAAGUAACAAAAAAGAGGUGGGCCUGGAGGUACAGAACUUUGUGGAACUGGACGGACAGAGCUUUGUGGCACUGAGUGAGCUGGAUCAAUUAAUUGAUAGAAAGCAACUUCCUAUCCCCACCCAACCCCAAUUUCCCAAUUUCAGCUGAGCUGACUGAAGGGGAUGACAAGAUUGAAAGUAUGCCUAACUCCAGAGGGCAAGCUUGAUCUUCAUCAUACUAUUGCUGUACUUGCUCAGAUCGUACUUCGACUGCAAUCAGUCAGUCCCAUUGCUGGCUGCAUCGUGCCAAGACAGAGUGUUCAAUCAGCUUCUAUCAGGAACCAUUGCACUUCGCUGCUCCAACCAACCAGUGUUUAAGAAGACUAGUUUAUGAACACUCACUUUUUUUUAAAAAAAGGGCAAACAGAGCAGGGUAUUAAAACAAGAAGUCCAAAAACCAAUGCUAUAUCACUGAAACGCUUCAUAAUUUUCUUGAUGGGAUUAUUCCCUAGGUAAGUAUCUUGUUACAGGCCAGAGCAUUGGGAGCAGAGAAUAUGUGCUCAGUUCAUUGUCAGCCAUCAGGAGUUGGGAGUCAUGAAGAUUGGCUGCGUCUUGCUCUCCCCCCACCAAAAUUCAAUAUUUGACCUUGUGAUCUUCAGUUCAUCUUCAGUGCUUAUAAAACACUCAGCCCUAGCUAUGAACAAACACAGCAAUUGAGUUUCUAUCACUAAAUCAAGUAUUUUGAAGGUUUGGGUUCUCAGAUAACUUAUGUUCCUCACUGAAUUUAUGUAGAAUAAUAUUUCAUAGACAUUACAGACACAGGCUAUUCGGCCCAACAAGUCCAUGCUGGUGUUUAUACUCUAUACAAGCCUCCACCUCGCCUUAUCCCAUCUCCCAUACUCUUCUGUCUUUUCUCUCUCAUGUAGAAAAGAAUUGAGCAGAACUAAUACAAUCUGUGAUAGAUGCCAAGCUAAUAUGGGGUCUAAUUGUUUCUUAAUAGAAAUCAGACUAGUGCAAAAAAUAAGAAAUAAUAAUGAUCCUUGCAUUUA